AUGUAUUCCUUGGAGGAAUUUGAGGGAUUUUAUUCUUGCGCACCCGGAUUAGAAAAAAGGGUUGAUGUUUUUGCCUUAAGUCUCUACGGUUUGAUCGUCUUUCCUAAAGUACUUGGAUACAUAGAUGAAGCCGUCUCAGACUUAUUCGAUCGACUUGAUAAAGGUACCACACCCGUCCCGGCAAUCCUAGCAGAAACUUUCCGAUCCUUGAAUACAUGUCGGAGAGCGGGCGAGGGAAGAUUUAUUGGUUGCGCACAACUUCUUUUGGCUUGGUUCCACAGUCAUUUUUGGAAGGUGGAGAAGGUCUCCUAUCGGGUAUUCUCUAAGGAUUAUUCCCCAUUAAGAGAAUUAGUAGCCACAUCGAGGCGGGACGACAUCUCCGAAGAGAGGUGCGGUGAUUUUGAUUGGGUCCCUCUGGUUGGAAUAUGGGGAGCCAUUGGAUACGCUCCACUGAUGGUGUUAAGGCAGUAUCGAUCAAGGCAGUUUAUACCGGUGACACAAGGGUUGGCACAAUGUGAGUUCCCCUAUAAAGACAACAAUUAUAAAAAGAGGGUUCGCGAGAUAUCAGAUGCAUGGAACCAAACUCGAAGAAUGAAAGGAUUCACUGCAGGCCCGAUGACGACCCCCGAGUAUGAAUGGUGGUGGGGUAGGAGAGUUAACGACAACAUCCCUAGGCAGAAUCAAGGGAACACACAACCGAUAGAGGAGCAUUUACGAUUUCAAGAUGCCCGAGUACGAGAGGACACUCUGAAGAAGAGUUUGUUAGAAACCCAAAACGAAAAGGAGAAGUUACAAGCUCGGGUGGCUGAAUUGGAAAGAUUACUUCAGCAACAUCGUAGCCAUAAUUCGAUAAUUAAGCUAAAGGCUAGUCUGAGCAGGAUCGAAGAGUUGAAAGGGAAAAUAGAAGAACUCGAGACCGCACUGCGAGAUAGCAAAAUUCGAGUAAAACUUCUUGAGACAAACAACGACCAUUACAGAGAACAGCUUCACCACUCUCAAAACCAGAUUAGAGAUAGAAACUAUGUCAUGGGAGAAGCUAUAGCUCAGGUUCGGGAGAUAGCUGAUCACUUGCAAACCUUGGCAGUUCAGGCUGAUAUAUUUAGCUUAAAGUACGAGUUAGAAUCAGACUGA